CUGAGUAAGGGCAGCCUCGCUGAUUAGACGACUACCUUGAGCCACACCUGAGGUUGUUGUAUGAUAGGAUGACCUCUUCCUUGUCGCACGUCGGUCUCGACUCGAAACCAAAUCCUCGUCGUCACCGAUACGUUCGCUGAGUACUCCAAUAGACCUGGCGCUUUAUGACCCUAAUCUCCGCGGAGUCAAUACAGCUAAUCGCUACAAAUCCAGGUUCCUGGCCAUGGCCACCAGACCAUGCACGUAUCCUGAUAGAUCUCUCUGUGACAGAGGCGAAGCCGACAACCGUACUAUUCUCGAGAGUUACGAUUACAGCCCAUCGUUGUUACUGUCAACUUAUGUUUCGACACAGUAAGAGGAUGGUAAAAUGUCCGAAAUUGAGACCACGAAGUACAGGGUUCGCGGAUGGUUACAAGCUUGAGUCCGGUUCUUCAUCUGCUGGGCCGAGGGCGACUCUGGUACCGGAAACUGUUCUGAGAAAUUGUCUAGGAUCAUACCAAGCAACCAUGACAGGCUUCACGCAGGUCCAGGACUUGAAAAAUGUUCUUCAAAAAUUGGUCAGCCAUGAACCACUAAGGUGUCUGACCAUAGGUAACGGAACGGUGCUUUGGAAGUAAAACCUCGCAGCAAAAAUGCUUAGAACCGUUGACACAACGGUGCGAUCCAACGCCAUAAGUACCGGGCCAUCGAACAGGCAUAUGUGCUUGAAGACUCUGCAGACGAGCGCAGUCGGGAGAUCCGAUAUACC